AUGCUGUGGCGUAAGUUACAAUCUGAUACGGAUCUGCCGUAUGAGGUUACCUCGUUGCUUAAAUAUUGGUAUGGUAACCAAGAAAAUAGUGUUAAGUGGGCUGGAGCGUAUUCGGAGACAUAUAGGAUGAAGUGCGGAGUGAGGCAGGGGGGGUUAAGUUCACCCCGCCUCUUCAACCUAUAUAUGAACCGACUGCUGGAGGAGCUCAGUAGUGCCAGUGUGGGAUGUUCCAUAGACGGAGUGCGCGUUAAUAACAUCAGCUACGCGGAUGACAUGGUGCUGCUGAGCCCCUCAGUGGGUGGUUUAAUUAGUUUACUGCGCAAAUGUGAGUCGUACGCGGAGGCCCAUGGGCUCAAGUACAAUGCUAACAAAAGCGAGUUUAUGCUGUUUAAAGCGGGUAAUAAAACCUACAGCGUGCCCCCUGUGACUCUUUGUGGAACUCCUUUAGCACAAGUUCAGCAUUUUAAGUAUUUGGGCCACUGGGUCACCGAUGACAUGUGUGACAACAUGGAUAUUGAGAGGGAACGCAGAGCGCUGGCUGUGCGCUGCAAUAUGUUGGCUCGUAGGUUUGCACGAUGUACCGAAAAGGUGAAGGCUACGCUUUUUAAAGCAUAUUGCCAGUCCUUCUACACGUGCAGCCUAUGGAUCAGCUAUACGCAGCGGGCAUACAACGCUCUGCGGGUGCAGUACAACAACGCGUACAGGGUGGUGUUCGGGCUGCCGCGGCACUGUAGCGCCUCUGGUAUGUUCACGGAGGGACGGAUCGAUGGCUUCCACGCGAUCAUCAGGAAGAGGUGUAGCUCGCUGUUGAGGCGGUGGCGCGCCAGCUCGAAUACCAUCCUGUGCACGUUGGCCGACCGGUGGGACUCCCCGUGGCUGAAGCACUGGGUGCAGCUACAUGCCCCUUUAUGUAGGCAUUUGCAGUAA